AUGAAGCUCCUGCGAUCUCUGGGGCGCCACCUCAGGGGCCCCCCACAAAUUCCAAGGUCCAGGCGGGCAAUACAAAAAACGAGCGGUGCCCUCCUGGGGAACAGUUACGUGCACCUCUCAACAACGCGCGAAUGGGUGAAAGGGGAGGAAGAGGGAGAAGGCAGGCUCGGCAAUCCUCAGGGGGUCAUCCCCAUCGGUAGCAGUGGGAAUCACCUUAUGAAUCCCCCCCCGAGGGGCCUCAAACCGAGGAAGGUGUCUCCCCCCGCGUCUCACUCACAGCAUGGGAGCUCCACGGAAACAGACGCAGUGAAGAAGACGAUAGAACACCUCAUGCGAAGGAACUCGCAGGGCACCCUAAACGGUGCGGUCUUCCAAAUCCUCUCCCUAAUUAACCAACACAAGAAAAAUAAAGACGUGUACAUAGACAGAAGAAUUCUGAUUGCCUUCCACAAAUUGUUAAUAAAAAAAAAAUACCAUUUGAAUGUCUCCAAGGGGAGCAUAUGCGACGACCUUCACCCGACCAUUUUUGAUUACAUCCACCACAAUGUCAAUCUGCAUUUGAAGCAUUAUCACUUGAGCAACGUCAGCGAGUUGCUUCCCGGAGUGGCUAAGUACCUGCACAGGGUGAACCCCAGUGAAAGCACCAAGCAGUUAAUUAAGAACAUUUUUUUUUUUCACUUCUUUUCUCACUUUAAUAAUUUUUACUACACUCGGGGAAGGGGCACUCCAGGCUCGUUUUCUGAUGGGGGUGCAUUCCUGAAGAAGAGCGGGCACAUCUGCGAAAGGGAGGAGCUUCUGGGAAAGCCCCCAAACGGGAGGGACCUUCCGGAAAGGCUCCCAAUCGGGGGGGAGCUUCCCAAGGGGGGCACUCCCACUGAGGAUUGUCCCCCCCCCGGGGAGAGGAACCCUUCUGGGAGAGCAGCACACCAGUUGGAGGCCCCUCCAAAUGGAAGACUCACCGAACGGCCGCCUAAACAAAGCAACCACUGCGGCCAUCCAAACCAGAGGGACCAAGACACCUUUAGGCACCUCAACAGUUACGUCCUUUUUCUGAGCAACCACCCGAGGUACGCCUCGGAGAAGGUCCUGCACACCAUUUCGUUGCUCGCGAAUAAAGUUACCCAAGUAAACGUGAGCCCCCAAUUGGCUCUCUCCUUUCUCUCCUCGAGUGUGAGUCUCUUUGAUAAGCAGAAGGGCGACAGGCGGAGGUUUCUCCUACACAGAGGAGUGAACUACCAUGUGUUGCACGCUGUUAUAAAGGGGUGGAACGAGCAGGUGUGUGGGGGGGCCCUUUCUGGGGAGGAUCAACCCAGAGGCGUUCUCCUGAACGAAGCAAAGAAUGCACCCCCGUCCGUCGUGCCAAACUUGUGGGCCUACUCACACAUAAUUAACGCUUUGAAAAUCCUAAAGGUGAGACAUUUCCUUUCCCCCAAGUUUUCCUUUUCGGGGGAGGCGGAAGGGUGUCUAGUGAAGCUCUUCAGUGGUGCGAUGGGCCUCUUGGGGGGGUUCACUGGACACGUCCGUGCGUCCCUCACGAUGGGGGAGGAAUGCGCCUCUGCUGGCACGCUGGAGGAAUGCGCCUCUGCUGGCAUGCUGGAGGAAUGCCCCCCUCCUGACAGGCUGAAAGAAUGCACCCCUCACUGGAGCGCCACCCCCACGCAGAACGAGCUCAACAGCAUUGCAACCAUCUACGUCAACAUGGCAAUCCUCCUCCAAGAAGUGAAAAAUAGGGGCACCCUCCGAUCGUCACUUACGCAGACGAUGAACAGCUGCUACAGCAUUGUGAGUGUUUACCACCCCAUGCUACACGAAAAUAUGAGCAUCAAUCUAGUCAGGGGGAUCUACCACCAGAUGGCAGCUUACACAGAUGUGAGCUCGUUUAGCGGUUGCUUCUACCAAAUGGAGGAAGCAGAGGGGGGAAGAGACUCCCCCACCUGUGGGGACUUCCAAUCAAGGAAAGGCAAAACACCCAUGGUGCCUACACAUUUGUUACAUCUCCUCAAAGAGGUAACCAACUGUCUUCUCUUUCCUAGUAGGGAGGAGAGAAAGCUACCCACGAACAAGCUCAUAACAGUUCUUCAGUACCUGCAUAAGGCACACACAAUUUGCCUCCCCUUCACCAACAGUGAAACGCUGAAGGGGUGCAUUUUAAGCCUCUUACGGGAAAUUGGGAAGCACAUCGAAAGCGAAGAAGCAGUCGUUUCCAAGCACCACCUGUUAAUGUUCAUCAAUGUAGAUCUCUCUCACCGGGGUGGCCAACUGAACGUCCCGCUGCUCCACGCAUGCGUCAGUCGCCUGGAGGAGGGCGCUUCCAACCUCUUCGAAAACGAGGCGGAGAUCAUUUUGUUCCUCUCCUUUCUCAAGCGGUUCCGCGAGGCCACAAACGUUUGCAGCAGCUUCACCAGGAGUGAGGACCCCAGCCAGCAUGAGGAGACGUUCCUCUUCUCCGGAGAGGCCCCUACCAACCGCAGUUUAGAGGAGCUCAACAGAAUGGUCACCCGACUGGCAGAUAAAGUCACUCGUGUAGUGUUCUUCCCCAGGGACGGCACAACGGCGAGCCCCCCCGGGUUGGCGGUCACUUCACCCAACGCGGCCACUUCUCUCAACUCAGCCACUUCGCCGAAAUCGGCCACUUCGCCAAACUGGUUUAACCAGACACCCCCCACAAAAGGGGUCCCAAGAGUGCACCCCCUCAAAGUGUACUUCCUGGCGUACGAGCACAUCUCCCCAAAUGAGCCAAGUGAAGAACCCGUAAAGGAGGCGCUACUCAACCAGUUAACACACCUCAUGCAGCUUCAAAAGGGGCAGCUGACCGAGGAGGACUUCUUUUCCAUUCUGUCUGCCCUGCUGAAGCAUAAGAUUGUGGAGCACGAUGCCUACUUGCUGUAUGCCUCCUUUUUGCAGUCGCGUGGUGGGUCCAUCCAAGUGAAGUUUGUCUCCUUGGUGUUGAAGCGAAUUUUGGAGGAGAUAUCCCUGGGGGACCCCCUAAGGAUGUGCCCACAUGGUGCGCCACCCCAAGCGGGUGUAACCCCCCCACUGAUGUCCAUCAUAACCACGUCAAGCGAUCUCAUCCUGCAGGAUAAGAAGUUCCGAGAGAAUUUCCCCCUUUUCAAGGAGGUCCUGCACGUUUAUCUCGAGAGGUACCCAUGCUUUGGAGAGAUCGCUCCCCAAUUUAAUCUCUUCCUGUUGGACCACUUCCACAACUUUGUGGGUACACUGGAACACUUGAAUGGGCACGAGAUCGCCACACUGGUUUACCACGUGGCUAGCUUUUACUAUACAGUUAGUAAGCUCUCAAUCGAACGGUUCGGUGCAUGCGGGAUCAAAAUGGACUCAAGUUGCGAAAGGGUUGCAAAUGAGUGGGGGGAAAAAAAGGAGCACGCAGGAGGUGGGGGAGACUCCCAUGUGAACAGUCAGAGGGAGAACACCACCACCCCCUCGGGGGAAAACAAAGUUACCCCUUACAGCGAGCAGGACAUGGGCAGGAAACUGCUCCAGCAGCUUCACUCCCUCUUGGAUGCGUUAUACAAGGAGGAGCUAAAACGUCGGGCGUGCAACGAUCAGAUGAACUUACCACUCAGCACCACUGUCCGAGUGUUCCUCUCUUUGAAGAAUGCCAAGGUGAGGCACAGCGACUUGAUGCGUGUGCUCUCCGAAAGGUGCAUCUCCGCCAUGUUCUUCCAACGGGGGGUUAUGAACCUAGAGCUGCAGAUUCGAUUCCUUAACAGCGUGGUGUUUCUGGACUACCUCAAUGCCGUUGAUGAGGCAUUUCUACGCUUGGCUCGGUGUCACCCGCAAGCAGCCCACACCGCUUCUACACAGGGGCAACACAUCCUUUAUGCGCACUUCCAGCAACUGCCCAGACGAGCAAUACACACGCCAAACAUUUCGACGUACCUUCUCAACUUCGUCUCCAUCCUGGAGUAUCUACCCCUCGAGCAUCAGAGAGAGGGAAGCCGGAGGGCCGCCCUCUGGCUCUGUGAGCUCCUUCGGGUGUUCUUUCGUAAGGAAGUGGAGCGUUCCACGGAAGGUUCUAGGGGGAGCGGCAAGGAGAGCGUCAAGGAGAGCGUCAAGGAGAGCGGCAAGGAGAGCGGCAAGGAGAGCGUCAAGGAGAGCGUCAAGGAGAGCGUCAAGGAGAGCGUCAAGGAGAGCGUCAAGGAGAGCGUCAAGGAGAGCGGCAAACUGCGUUCUUGCUACUCCCCCCCCCCAACCAACCUCGACAAGCGAAACGCCGUUCUGCUCCUCGCCCUCCUGCACCUGGGCAGCCACUCGCCGCUCAACAUCUCGGCCCUCCCCCUGAAGUUCCUGCAGCAGUUUUACAGCCACUUCAUUCUGAGCGAAUUCGCUCACCUGGGUGGGGGUUCCACUGUGCGCUCCUCCUCCACCCACCGGAGCAUUUACAAUUUUGUGGAGGCCUAUCUGAGGAGGGAGUUCCCCCGCUGUGAUAUUUACAACGAAGAGGAGGUGCUCCUCUUCAGGGUGGACCUGGUCAUCCUGGAGAGGCGGCACAGUGGUGUUUCUACAUGUGUGUGCUGAUGUAGGGGCAUUGGUGCGAAUGUGCAUUUUUUUUUUUUUUUUUGGAGAGGCAGCAAUGUGACAUCGCCUUGGGGAGGGUUCUCUCCUCCCCCGCGUCACCACCAACUGAUCAACCUGAGUUACGUUUUGAAGCCUCCACGGGUGGGAUGCCCAACGGGGAUGGCACUGCGAGGAAUACCCCUUCGGCUGCUAUAAAGGUGCUCUUCAGCCGCU